UAAUUUAUAAAAAAAACAAAAUCUGUAAAAUAUACUACGCAAAAGAAUUUUUCACUUGUGAUACUUUUUCAGUCAUAACUGACAAUUUUCAGCUUUGAUGGAUUUAUGAUCAGCAAUGAUUAAAUAGACUAUGGGCACAAGUAUAAACUAAAGUAAAUAAUCUAAAAUAUAGAAGGAGCGUUAAGGGUUUAAAUUGAAGUAUGCAUAUAAAUUUACACUUAAUGGUACAUACGAGAAUGUAUUGUAUGAACAUACGUAUGGUCAUAUGUGUGUGCACCAUACUCAAUUCCAAAAAUAGAAAAGGAGCUUCCAAAUUCAUAAGUACAUUUGUCCUAAUUUGUAUAUGCGCAUCGAGACAAUAAGUAUCUACAUUCAUGCAUGUAUGUGUAUGUAUGGAUAUGUGCACAAAUUACGCAAGUGUUCAUUGACCUCUUGCUGAAGAGCAAAGUUGAACGCGACGAUAAUAAUGACUAUUUGUAUCUCCAUACAUACAUAUGUACUUUUCUGUAUGUAUGUAUGUAUGUAUGUACGUCCAAAAGUCUGCCAGUCAAUACACCUAUUGUUGGAGGGUGACGCCACAAAGCCAAUACGUUCUUAAAUAUAAUAUAACUGUGUAUAUGUAAACACUUAUAAAUCUAUGUAUACAUAUAUGUAUACAUGGGUCUGUGCUUCAUACGCACAUGUAUGUGUGUUUGUUUGUAUGCAUUAAAAAUUGUAAAUUUAAGCUUUCCUAACCAAUUGUAUCUUUGGCCCAAUAAUGUAUCACUUUCGUUGCAACCAGUUUGUCGAACUCACUAAUGUUACCCCGACAGUUUGUCGGCUUAUCUAUUACACGUAUUACUAAAAUUUGGAAUGAGAAUGGUUACCAACAGCCUUCGAAAAUAACAUCACUUUUUUAUUACUUACUUUGUGUAUACAAUAUAAGUACGUACACAUGUACACAUAGACAUACAUAUGCAUAUUUAUGCCGGUUUCAGUGCUAUCCCAACAAAGUAACAGUAAUAUAACGCUUUUACUCUUAAUGGACAGGUAGAUAUUUUAUGCGGCACAUGAACAUCAUCGCUACACAACUAUAAGCCAACAACAAUUUACACUCCAAAUAUAUACAUAUACAUACAAUCACAUGUACUUAUGUAUGUAUGUAUAUGCAUACAAGAAAAAAACUAAUGAACUUGCCAAGCUCCAAUUUUGAUGUAUUGUACAUACAUAUGUAUAUAAUUAAGUAUGUACAUUAUUCAGAAUAUAUGCUUACAAUAAAUGUACGUGUAUAUUGGUAACAAAAAAAAAUUAUAAAAAGUACAAAGGCCGACCGGCCAUCGAAAUUUUAGUUGUGCCCCAAUCACGAUUUCAUGAACACUGCGUUUUUAAAUUUUUCCGGUUUCUUCGCUUUAGUUCUGCCUUUUUAUUCUUUUUUUCGUAUGCGGCAAUGUUAAUGAACUUUUGUGCUACUUUUUUAUUAUUAAACAAAGCUAAAGAAAUAUACUACAUAGCUACCGAAAAAUAAUAGUAUGUACAAUAUGAAUGAGUGUACUACAUAUGUAUGUAUAUUUCUGUGGAAAAAUGAAGAAAAGAGAGCGAGGAAUAUUAGCAGUUGAGCAUAAUCAUGCACAAAUAUACAUAGUAUGUAUGCAUAGUGUUUAUUUAGAUAUAUUAUAUAAUACAUACAUGUCUAACUCAGAGCUUUUUAUAUAUCAAUGAAUGUAGAACAUAUAGAACAAGCGAGUAUGCACAUAUACAUAAGUAUUUACAUUUAAGCGUGAUUAAUCUCAAAAGCUUGUUUAUUUCUACGUAUGUAUGAUGUAUGUAUGUAUGUAUGAUACACAAGGAAAUACGCCCAGUACUGUGAUAUUCUUAAACGUCUCCAAAAUGACAUUCUCCAAUCGAAAAAUGAAAUAGUUUACCAAAUUUGUGAAUUAAAGCAUACAUCAGAAAGGAACACCUAGGUUAAACAUCUUGGUUCUCCUAACUUGUUAGUUUCUCUAUUAACAUAUUUAUUGUGGAUUUGUGGCAGAAAUAAACUCGGAGUUGUAACCUAAUAGCAAUGUCGUUAUGGCAUGGAAUGACUGAAGAAGUGGAAGUAUUUUAGUCAAAAAGGAAGAAUGAAUCUCGAUCGGACACAAACCAGUUAAAACCAAACACAUAUUUUAUAACAGUAUUUAAGUAGUUGGAAGGAAUAAAUAAAUAAAGAACUGUAACUUCCCGUUACAAUUAAGUGCUGAUACUUAGAGAGUCUUUCUUGGAGAUGUAUAAGAACCUAUUUUUCAUAGUAACAAGCGAAAAAAAAUAUUCGUUUUUUUUUACCUACCCUAUUGAUCAUCUAACCUUAUAUUGUAUAUUGAGAUACGUCCAUUCGAAGGAGAAAUUUUAAAGCAGUGACAAAACUAUACUUCCAAAAACUCUCUGUUUUUCAUACCAGUGUGAAGUUUACGAAAACAAAAAUUUAUUUUAUCAAAAAUUGUAUUUUAUAUUCAUAUAUUUAUGUACUAAGCAUUGAUAUGUUGCCAGCAUGUUAUGUCAACAAUAGCACCCGUCUAUGUAAAGUGGCUCCUGCUUAAUAGAAAUAUAAUCGUGGUAGUCUAGUAAUUAAAAUGAGUUUUAAUUAAAAUAAAUCGAGUUUAGUUGCUAAAAUUUAGGAAUUAGGUAGAUUUGUUGAUAAUACUAUACGAAAAAUACCGGAAUAUGACAUAACCAAAGUAGAUGUUAGAGUUACAUGCAUACAUAUAUAAGUAAACUCUUUUAUUAGUAUUUACAUAUAUUUUGUGUCUAACACUUAUAUUAGUAUCUAAAUAUUUGAUGACGGAUGUUAUUCGCCCUAAUUGUGCCAGAGGAAAACAAUAAUCAAACAUUACAACUCUGUUUGAAAAUAUGCUACGAAAGUCGUGUCACUCAUUUGCUUACGAAUAACGAAUACUAGUCUCAACUGAUAAAGCUUUGUGUUUGAGUGAUUUUUAUUUAAUUUACCUCACACACAAAAAUAGUUUGUAAGAACGUCACUCACGCACCGUUGUAAGCAUCGCAUAGAACUGAGUGUAUCAGACAUGUAGACUUACAUGAGUACAUUUGAAAAAAAAUGCGUAGCUUUAUCUAAUUUCAAACUUGUUGGGAUGUUCUCUGCAGCCUAUGAUUCGGGGGAAAUUCUUCUUGUACAUUACGUACGGGUAAGUCCCGUUGUUUUUAUUGCGUAUUAUGUGCACCCAUACCUAUACAUAUGUAUAAAGAUAUGACGUAUGUGUUGAAUCAAUGUACUCUGUAGACGGUGGUGGUGGAAGUUCUUGUUAGGUGCAACAUGGUGGUAGAAAGCAUAAUUUUCGGCUGCUCACCCACCAGUCUGCGGCGCACUAUCUAACGUUGAACUUGGCAUUCGCUGUAAACGAAAUGGCCAUGUGGAAAGCUGAAUCAAAUAUUCUGAAAUAAGAGAAAAAACACAAAAAAAAAAAAAAAAUAUUACAGUAAACUUAAAUCGUGACAGAAACAAUGAUUCUUCUAAGUCAUAUGUUAUAUGGUUAAAUUUUAAUAAAAUGUUUUAAAAAUGGCCGAUGUGAAAAACGUCAAAUCUAAUACACACAUGAAAUAUAUACUAAAGACGCUUAAGAGAAUGCGAAGAAAUGAGCAGAACGACAGUUUUUGCAGCUAUUCCAAAAGUGACUAUAGAGGUUUGAAGAAAGUGUUGAAUAUAUUCAAAAAACAAGCGUUGAAAACAAAGAGCGGAAAGAGAAUAAACUUGGUGGUUUAAAGUUUUCAAUAAAGAAAGUUAAUAAAAUAAAAAUAUAAGAGAAUUGGUUGAUAUAAAUGAAACAAUAAUAAUAAUAAGCUAUAAUAUUUUACAUACUAAAUAAUUUAAUAAAAUAGAUAAUAAGCAUUAAAAUUUAUUAAACUACUAUACAAAUAACUAAGUAAAUCUACAUUAUUUAAGCAUAAAAAAACAGAAUAUAAAAAAUGAUAAAAAGUACGAGAUUGCAAACAAAAAUUAAACUUCCGAAGUUAUAAAAAAAAUGAUUUAACUAAGCGAAAACAUCUAAAAUUAAAGGGCAAACAAAACUAAUAAAAAGAUGGGGCAAACUAAAUAUUAAAAAGCGUAAUCCGGAAAAUGACAAAGAAAUGCACUGUUAAGAACCGUAAAGAACAGUAAGAAUACAUGUACUCCAUAUGCAUGUAAUGCAAAGACGAUAUAAUAGAUAAUCAGCACGUUUGGAAGCUAUAAAGAUAUGUAAUUUUAAAAUCCAACUCCAACCAACUACCUCGAUACUGUUCUGAGACUGACACGGAAAAUAUGAAUGACUGAUUUAAGACAAAAUUCCAACCAAUGACUGAUUCUGAAGACUGCAAAUGUUAGCGAGGCGAAUAAACAAUUAUAACGAUUAGUUAGAUAGGAAAGCAUCAGCUUGCAACACCACUCAUUGAUAUAGAGAAAUUAUACAUAUGUACAUCCAUACAUAAACAUAGCUUAUACGUAAAACCAAAUCAAACUAUGCGUUAAUCACAAAAUGGCACAAAGUAACAGCAACAAUGACAAAAGCGCCAACAACGGCAACAACUGGCGUUCAAAACAAAACUGGAUUAAGGAUGUGCUCUCCAAAUCGGGCACAGAGCUAAUGGAGAUAACGACAACGACAACGCCACCGAAGAAAACGCCAAACGACAGCCAAAAGACCAUGAGCAGACGAGUAAGGAAUAAAAGGAACACUGGAGAUUUCUCUGCUAACGUUGCUAAGAAAGAGACACCAAAUAAAAUGGUUUAUCAUCAAUCUUCACCACUGGUUAUUAAGACAGAGAAGCUUAAUCAAGCCCAAUUCUGCACCCCGCUACAGACAACAACAGAAUUAACUUCCAAUACAACAACAAGAAUCUUAGAAGCACAUCAAUUGCAACAAGGCGCUCCGUUUUUAUACAGCAACAACAGCAAUAUUACAAUAAUGCAGCAACAACAGCAAUUAGCAUCAACAUCAUUACCUCAUACAAGUAUUAUACCCAUCAAUGUGACACAUAUAACUGCAGAGAAUAAAAUUUCACCUGGCAAUAUCAAAGCAGAGCCGAAUAUCGACAUAUAUGGAACUGCGAUAUCUGGCAGAACAAUAAAUGCCACAGCUACGACGUUGUCACGAAAUGGCGGAGGCACCGUAAACCGCAAACAAACUGUAAAUAAGCCUAAAUUUAAAUGCGAGCAAUGUGGAAUGACCUUCGGUAGUAAGUCAGCCCAUACCUCACACACCAAAUCGCAUGCGAAGAGCACAGACUUAGUUGGUGCUUCCACAGCAGAGUCUACCAGACGGGUCGAAAUCAACGAAGCUAUUACACCAGCGGGUAUACCAAAAAUGCCAAAUAUGACAGGUGAUCCAUAUCAGUGUAAUGUUUGUCAAAAAACAUUUGCGGUGCCUGCUAGGCUGAUCCGUCAUUAUCGGACGCACACCGGCGAACGUCCCUUCGAAUGUGAGUUCUGUCAUAAACUGUUCAGUGUGAAGGAGAAUCUACAAGUCCAUCGUCGCAUACACACCAAAGAGCGACCGUAUAAGUGUGAUGUCUGCGACCGAGCUUUCGAACAUUCGGGUAAAUUGCAUCGCCACAUGCGCAUACACACCGGCGAGCGGCCGCAUAAAUGCUCUGUCUGCGAGAAAACAUUUAUACAGUCUGGGCAACUGGUCAUACAUAUGCGUACGCAUACGGGCGAGAAACCAUAUAAAUGUCCCGUUGCAGGUUGCGGUAAGGGCUUUACUUGCUCCAAACAACUGAAAGUGCAUUCACGUACUCACACGGGUGAAAAACCUUAUCAUUGCGAUAUAUGUUACCGCGAUUUUGGUUACAAUCAUGUGCUCAAACUACAUCGCGUACAGCACUAUGGAUCCAAAUGCUAUAAAUGUACAAUUUGCGACAGGACUUUUGGGAGCAAAAAAGAGAUGGAAGCGCAUAUUAAAGGUCAUGCCAAAGAGUUACCAGAUAAUGAGGAUGGAGUUAUAGCUGGUGUAGUGGUUGCCGACAACACCAGCAACUCAGCAUCCAGCAGUUCGAGUGGCGAAGCGUCAUCUGCACCAGCUUCACCUUCACCAACGCCUGCUUCACCUUCAUCAGCUACUCCUUCCGAUGUGGCGCCUUCUAAACCGCGCAAAACAAAGCGUAGUCGCGUUCAAUCCAUAAAAAAACUCACUUCUAACAAACCAUCGCCAAAUUCGCCACGAUCCACAAUAUCACCAAGCUCAUCGCUUGCAUCUACAUCUCGUCUUUCUGAUGGUGUGCCUGAAUCUAUGCCCACAUCGCCACAAACACAACAAGUACUGGAAAUCGACCAUCAGAGCCGCGACAGUGGAGUAGCUAGUGCCAGCAAUAAUCGUCAAUUAUCCAUCUCCUUAGCCGCUAUGAAUUCGACUGACAACAAUGCACAACACACAUUUACUUAUUUAAUUGAAGAUCUACCAACAGAUCUAAGCAAACAACAUCCACAAACAGAGUUACAUCAAUUAGCAACUACGAAAGUUUAUCCAAAUCAAACACAAAAUUCAUUAAACUAUCAUCAGCAAACAGUUCCACCAACUUACAGUUAUCACCAGCUACAGCAACAACGCAUUGAUUUCGAUCAGUCUGAACUCGAACCACCGACUAUCAAUCCAGCAUUACUUGAAGCUGCAUCUAUUGUGAGGCGACGUGACAUGUUAGAUUCUCCACGUGACGAGGAAGUUACGUUUGCGGGAAUACAGUUUAAGCAGACACGACACCAUGAAUACCAAAACCAAUUCCAACUACAACAUAGAAGCCAUGAUUAUCAAUAUCAGGAGCAAAUGAAUGAACCCGUUUACGAUAUUGAGCGCUCUAGUUUAAUGGCGUCUCCCAUGCCAACGUCAUCGUUUGCAUCACAGGACCUUUCCAUUAGUCAUGAUUUGUCGCAAUACGAUGAUACACGUGAGGCGAACGAGUUGAUUGAGCAUUACAAACGAGGCGAGCUUGCCCGACAUGGUCUGCACAAGGGGUACGCCCCAGUGCCUAAGUAUGAGCCUUCGCUACUCAACAAUGAGAUUGUGCGUCAAGUGGAAGCUGCAAUAGCGCCAUUACGUUCCUCCACCGAAUCGCCAGAACGUUCAUCAUCACCCGAGAGCGACUCCAUGAUGAUGGCCGAUCGUGAUAUAAUGACACUACCGUUGCGCAAACGUAAACUUUACAUGCACGAAGGAUCACCAAUCGGAGCGACGGCUCUAAAUGUGCCCACACGUGAAAUGGAGAAGACACUUGGCCACAUCGGUCUGACCUCGAGCAGUGUUGAAGCAAGUCAUGUUACCAUCGACGCGGUUGGCAAUGCUAACCAUGAAACCGAUGCAAAGGUGAUGCGAAUGAGUUCAGUUAUACAAUUCGCCAAAGCCUCAUAACUUCAAAUAAUCGCAAGUGACUUCAAAUGAUCACGCAAAAAAGAACUGUUUCAUUUGAGAUAACAAUUAAAGACUGUUAAGCAAAUUUUGUAUUUACAUAAUGUAGCAGAAAUAAUAAGUGGAAUAAGCUGCGCUAUAUCAUAAGUGAUCCGUGCGCAUCGGACCUUCAUAAACACACACUGGUAUAUGCAUUCAUACAGCCACGUCUAUAUACCUAUAUGUAUGUAAGUGUUAAUAUUAUAUUUAGUUCGGAAUAUUUGUUAGCAUUGAUUUUGCCAAAAGUAUUAUUUUAGGUACUGAAAUAUUAGUUACAACAUUGAACUGUGUGUGUGAAUAUGCCAACACAUAUUUGCAUACAAACACAAUGUAUUUGAAGUAUUUUUAACUAGAGAUAAGGCCUACAAAUUCUUUAUAAGAACGAGAUCACGAUUGAACGGUAGCAACAUUAUAAUUAUUAUCAUAGUCAAAUAAAUUAGUUUAAUUUAUGUUAAAAUUUAAGAAUAUUUAAAUUAUAGUUUAUACAACUACAUAUAAUUUUAAAAUUAUUUUAUGGCAAUCAUAAUGUUAUUAUUUUCCUUUAGCUAGCUUUCAUUUAAAUAACACAGCUUCGUUUUGGCGAUGAUUUAAUGGCAUAGGCGUUCAGUUACAUACAUUUCUACGAAAUUACUUAGUUCUUUAUUCCUUGACUUGUGUUUCUAGUUCUGUUUUCAACUCACUUCACUACUCUAUCGCCUUGCUUGAGCUCUGCAAGAGAGAAUCUCUUUAUUUCUCCAGCUAUUUUUGUUAUGCAGUUUUUGUUCGUUCCGUCACAAUACAUGUUUGUCGCAUCGAAGAUGGCUAUAAUGAAAUAAUGCAUCGGCUUUUUAAAAGUAAAUGAGCUCAAAAGAAACUUUUUUACAUGCAUAUAAGGUAUUAUAUUUGUUGUUCGACUUAUCCUAAUAAGUAUACAUCCCAAUGAAAUAAACUAUAAUACCAGAAAGAAAUUUCAGUCGUCAUGAAGAAUGAAUAUUAAAUUAUAUAAUUUUAAAUAUGCAUUAAAUUCUCAUCAAUGCAAUAUCUUUGCAAGAACAAUUAUUCAUAGUUUACAUUUUAUUAUUUUAACAAGGUACGUUUUUAAGUCGAUAAGUGGUAUAUUAUACAAAAAUAUUAGGUAAAAAUUUUCUAUUCAUUAAUUUAAAUAAAUAAUUGUCAAAUCCACAAAUUAAUAAAAAUAUUGGUUGGGAAAUGGAAAAUACAUAUGUAUGUAAUGCAGCAUAUUUGAAAGUAAAUUGGCUUAAGUCAAAAUAAUUAUGUACUUGUAAUACAUGAAGUAAUAAGAAAAAUAUACAAAACCUAAUUGCUCGAAAUAAAGGAAGACUAUUGGCAGAUUUAUGCAUAUAUUUACAAA